AUGGGCGCGGGGAUGGCAGUGCCGCGGGCGCCGCCGAGCCAGGUGCGCACGGGUCUCGCUCUCUGGCCGGCGCCGGCGAGCCGCGGCGCGAACGAUGUGACGCACGAUGAGCAGCUUGGUCGUCGGCAGCACGAGCGUCAAUGCGAGCAACGGGAGCUGCGCCGCCCAUGCGCCACCGCCGUCCCUCGAGUUCAAGCCGGCAGCAACUCUGCCUUCAGCAGACGAGCUUUGCAGCGGCGGGGACUCAGCCGCGACAGCCAUGGCGGCGGGGGAUUUUUCCACGGACCCGGCGGCCAAGCGUCCCCGAUUGGCCGUACCCGAGCCCUAGGGCUUGUCGGCGGGUUCCUGCAUUUUUGCCUUUUUUUGCCCCACGUGUCCACUGGCGCGUCGCUCUAUGGCCAGCGGGACAUCAGGAUCCCACCGAGGUUGCUUGCGUGCCGUCCACGCCUGCACGAGGAUUGCCUCGCCUCCUUCCUGCUAUGUUUUUGCUCUCUAUGUACGUGCGCGCGUCGCAUUGGCCAUUGCGGUCGCGUAUUCCGUAUAGUCGCGUAUUCCGUAAUAGUUCAUCGAGUGUUUUAUCGGGCGCGUGCGCGUUGAGUGCGUAUCGCUUUUAACUCUCUGUGAACGACUCCAA